GCGGGGGAAGAGGAGAUGGCGGAGGCGAAGCAGCAGCAGCAGCCGCCGCAGACGGCGCUGGCCGCCAGCGGCGCAUGGAAGACGGUGAAGCCCUUCGUGAACGGCGGCGCGUCCGGGAUGCUCGCCACCUGCGUCAUCCAGCCCAUCGACAUGGUCAAGGUAAAGAUCCAGUUGGGCGAGGGCUCUGCCACUGCUGUCACCAGGAAGAUGCUUGCUGAAGGGGGAGUUGGUUCCUUUUACAAGGGAUUGUCAGCUGGUUUGCUAAGGCAAGCGACAUACACAACUGCUCGUCUUGGAUCCUUCAGGGUUUUAACAAAUAAAGCAGUUGAAGCAAACGAUGGAAAACCACUGCCCCUAGUCCAGAAAGCUCUUAUUGGCCUCACUGCCGGAGCAAUUGGAGCAUGUUUUGGUAGUCCUGCAGAUUUGGCUCUCAUCAGGAUGCAGGCCGAUUCAACCUUACCAGCAGCCCAGCGCCGCAACUAUAAGAAUGCUUUUCACGGCAUUUACCGUAUUAUUGCUGAUGAAGGUGUUCUGGCACUUUGGAAGGGUGCUGGUCCAACUGUAGCGAGAGCGAUGUCGCUCAACAUGGGCAUGCUUGCUUCCUAUGACCAGAGUGUUGAGUUACUCAGAGACAAACUUGGUGCUGGAGAGAUGUCUACAAUGCUUGGGGCCAGUGCUGUGUCGGGAUUCUUUGCAUCGGCUUGCAGUUUGCCCUUCGAUUAUGUGAAGACACAAGUUCAGAAGAUGCAGCCCGAUGCCACUGGAAAGUAUCCAUACACUGGAUCUCUUGACUGUGCAAUGAAGACCUUGAAAAGUGGCGGACCAUUUAAGUUCUACACUGGUUUCCCAGUCUACUGCGUCAGGAUUGCCCCACAUGUCAUGAUGACUUGGAUAUUCUUGAGCCAGAUCCAGAAGGCUGAGAAGCGUGUUGGACUUUAAGAGCUGCGUUAUGCUAUACCUACCCAAGGAAUAAUAACAGUGUUGCUUCUAUGUACAUUAUAAGCCAGAUACACAAAAUUUGAACUUCUUUACUUAGCUUAUAUGCUACCCUGGUGCUUUGAGCCUUUCACACCAUAUAAUCGUAUCAUUUCUGGGGAACUUUUGUGCUACCACCAUUAGACUUGAUGUAUGUCAUAAGAUGGAUCCAGACAUUAGCAUACUUUGUUCAUCUAAAUUUUGUUGUAGGUCUUCUGCUUGUCAAGUAUCAAUAUUUAUUUA